AUGAGUAACACACAGAAGAAGGUCGGCAGUGAUGCUGGUAGUCACGAUGAACGCUCGAAGAAACGCAGAAGGAAAGAGGUUAGGAACUGUCUCUUUUGCAGGAAAAGGAAACUGAAAUGUGAUCGUGCAAAACCUAAAUGUUCACAAUGUAGAAAUAGAAACUUACCCACUUGUCUCUAUACAAAUAGAUUUAAUUUCGAUAUUUCAGAUUCAAUGACAGAAAUCUUUCAAGAUACUCCAAACGUGGACUUGCUGAAAAAAAUAUCAACAUUGGAGGAUAGAGUGAAAGAACUCGAACAAAUUACAAAUGCGGAUGAAAACCACGAAAGUAAAAGUCGUGGUAGUGACAGUUCAGUGGGGCGUAAGAAAAAUCCAUUGCUCUAUUUGAGAAGUUCACGAUGGAUAAAUGAACAACAUUUCAUCUUUGGACCCACAUCAUGGAAAACUAUGCUAUCGUUAGAAAAUGAGAAAUUUCAACUAGAAUUCAUAAGCCUUUGGGAUAUGUUUAAACCACAACCAACGAAGGGUACGGAAUCGUCCACAGAAACAGUAGCAUCUACAACGGAAAAGGGGGUAUCUAUUGGUGGGGAUAUAAUGAACAGGAAAAUUUUUCUAAAUACCGUAUGCGAAGAGUUACCGGACUAUAAAACGAUUGAAACUUGUCUACGAAAUUUUUUCUCUGGACCUUUACACGAGUUGCUCUACUGUUUAGACGAAAAGAAGACCAUGAGGGAUUUUAGAAAAUGUUUUUUCAAAGAUCCACACCCCGUGGACCCUAAACACGUCAAGAUAAUCGGUAUUGUGCCGGAUGAUUCCUUGGCGGCCAAUUACUACAAAAUCGGGAUCAUUCUUUUGAUUGUCGGCCUUGUAUUGUUCAAUAAAGGUUUGCCCAGACCGAUCAAGUAUUUCUUCCACAUCAUUGGAUCCCUCACGAAGGAUAACCACAAUUUCACUGAGAGACCACAGUUUCUACUGUUAAGGUGCUUUAACAAGAUAUGCAAUUCACAGUACAGUUGCUGGGAUGGUUCACAAGUACGAGAUCUCAUGGCAGAACUUUCACACAGUUGCUUUUCGAUAGGUUUGGAUAACGUGGAUAAAUGGUUCAAGAGUAAAGAAAAUAUUGUCGGGCAUAUCGACCCUCUGAGAAACACUUUUAUCUGGACACUCUACACAGACACGGUAAUAUCCUUCGACUUGGGGAAACCCUUGUUUGUAUCGAACGAGUUCUUCGAUAUGACUCUUUUCUUGGAGAACGGUAAUAAAUUCACUGAACUGAAAUACAACUCUAACUCAAACAAAAAGGCUGAUUUAAUAGAAAUGUACAUCUUGGUUGGGAGGGAAGCGUUAACACGACUUAAUAGUGCUACGGUGACCUGCUCUUCAAACCUUAAAUUGGAGGAUAUGAACAGUUAUAUCAACAAGUUGAAGGAAUCGAUUCAUAAGAAUUUCCCAACAAUGGGGUUGUACACCAAAAUGGGGUCCAAAUUUUUCGUGGACCCGUUCGAAAUAAUUGUACUGGCCCCGACAUUGGGGAUGAUUCUAAAUUUUGAGAACAUAAAGAGAAGCUAUUUCGGAGACGUAUCUAUAAAGACAAAAAACAGUUUGGUAAAAGCUGGGCUUUUGUCUCUGUCCCUCUGUGUUAACACUAUACUGUCCAUGUAUGAUAUGGACAGGAGAACUUACCGAGACAUAAUUGAACAUGCAAAGUAUCUGUCGCCGUACUUGAACUUGUCACUCGCUUUGAUCAACCCAUUAUUUAUACGGAGUUUGUCCGAAAUGUAUGGGCUCUUCUUUGCAAGGUUGACCAUGUUGGAAAAGGGUUAUCUGGUGACGUCCGUCGACGUACGUGGUCCGCCGAUAUCACUCGAUGACCUUGAAAUUACAGAGCGUCAAUACUACAGUUUUAUUGAAGUCAUUACACAGUUCCGUGACCUGAUGAAUCAGUUGUACGACAAGGAUUUAUCCCCACUUCACAGGAUGAUGCAGACUUCGUAUCCGUUCCUUUCUGUACUUGCCUUAGAGCGCGUUGGGCGGCACCUAUUCCUCAAGGGAUUAGAGUCGCGGAACACGAUCGAAGUGAACUGGCAUGACCAGGGGAUCAACCUCGAUGAUGCAACCAGCGAGAUUCUCCGGUCGUUUACAAAUGAGGUCUGGAACGACUACAUAUCCAAAUCGCAAAAUAUGUGGGCCAUGAAACCAGACGAUUUUCUGUCGGAUCUCUCGAGAGAUGCAGAGAAAUAG